GUUUGUGUGUGUGGCAGUCAUGUUUUGUCCUCACCACUAUCUGACACACACACAGUACAGCUCUCUCUCUCUCUCACACACACACAAACACUAACUAUAUGGCGUAAACUCGAUUCCUGAUAGUGCAAGCAAAGCAAGGCAAAGCAAGGGACUUACUUUUUUUCUUUUGAGUCUCUAAUCUCUCUCACACACACACCUUUGUCUGUUAAAAUCUGCUUUUUUUUCCUUUCUCCUUUUUUUGUCCCAACACAACACCUCACUCUCACCUCUAUAAGCUAGCUAUAAGCUCUUGCUUAGUGCUUCACUCACUCACUACCAAAACCUUAUCUCUUGUCUUUAUUUCCUUCCAACUCAAUUACCCUAGUUACUCUCUCUAUUAAUGUUUUCUACUUCUACUACUACUAUAUCUCUUUGUUUUAAGGCACCCAAAUAGAUCAUUAUAUACUAGACAGUGUUUCAUGUUUUCCUUUCUUCUCCCUUUCAUCUCAAUUUGUGGCUGACUACUACAAUAUAUAUAAAGGUUUAUUUCUAUAAUCUGUUUUCAUUAUAUCUUCUCACUUAAACCUAUACUCACUAUUUAUCUAUCUCAUCACUUUAUCUUUCUUUCUUUCUUUCUUUUACUCACACACACACUUUGUCUCUUCUCCUUUUGAAGAGAGAGAGAGAGAGAGAUUAGCAAAUAUAAGACCCAGGGUGGGAAAGUGUCUUAUGUGAUAGCUUAAAAAGUUGUCUUCUCAUCAUCAUCAUCACCAUAUGUUAUUCCUACUAAUUAAUUAAUCACUACUUCUCUCACUCAUAUUGCCCUGCUAUAGCUUGUCCACACCCACCCACCCAGGUAAUUAAAGUUUCCUUCUUCCUUCCAACAAAAUGAUCAUGAUUUGAAUGAAUUUGAAGAGGGAGGCAGCAGGCAGAGGUUGACACUUAAUUAUUAUAAUUUUGGCACUUUUGUGUGUUCUUGUUCUUUGUUUUUUGGUCUCCAAACAAGAAAACACUCAUCAUCCAUCCAUCCAUCCAUCCAGUGUCCAAAGAAUGGAACUUUCCAGCAGCCAAGAUGGGGAUAUCCCAAUCCCAAUAAUAAACAACACUAAUAAUUAUGGUGGUGAUGUUAGUUCUAAUGGACAUGCUCAACAUCACAUGCUUCAUCACCAUCAUCAUCAUGUUCAUGACCAUCCUCCUACACUACACCACAACCAUAAUCACGGUAAUAUUAUAAUAUCAUCUUCCUCAACUGCAGCAGCAGUACCAGUGGCAGUAGUACCUCAAAACCCUUCAAUUAAUGGCACUACCACCACCACCACCUCUAUGCAAGCUGCUGUCAGUGGUGUGGAAUUAGAUCAUGAUCACUCUUCCUACAAGAAAUCAUCAUCAUCAGUUGUGAGGUACAGAGAAUGUCUUAAAAACCAUGCAGCUGCAAUGGGAGGGAAUGCCACAGAUGGUUGUGGUGAGUUCAUGCCAAGUGGUGAACAAGGUACCAUUGAGGCACUCAACUGCUCUGCCUGUCAUUGCCACAGAAACUUCCACAGAAAAGAGGUUGAAGGUGAUAGUACUGAGGAAGACAGCUACCACCACCACCAUAACUCUUCAUCCGCCUUUAACUUCAACUUCAACAGGCAGCAGCACCACCACAGCAUGAGGAAAUUCAUGUUACCUCUUCCUGAUCUUGGCUACCACCACCACCACCACCACCCUACUCCUCCUAAUAAUACUGCAUCAGCAGCCACCACAGGUAACAACAACAACAACAACAUUCUUCCUUCUAGAGCUGUACCACCACCCCCACAUGGACAUGGCCACAUCAUUAUGCCAUUCAACUACAACAUACCUUCUGAAUCUGAUGAACAAGAAGAUCAGGCGGGUAGACCACCAACUCAUCAUCAGCAGCAGCAGCAGGUGGUGAUGAAGAAAAGGUUCAGAACAAAGUUCACACAGGAACAGAAGGACAAAAUGUUCAACUUUGCUGAGAAAGUUGGGUGGAAAUUUCAGAAGCAAGAGGAAUCUCUAGUGCAACAGUUCUGCCAAGAGAUUGGAGUCAAAAGAAGAGUGCUCAAGGUUUGGAUGCAUAACAAUAAACACAAUCUCGCCAAAAAGCAAUUACAAGAUCAACAUACUACUACUGCUAAUCAUCUCCCAACUCCUUAAUAUUAUUGUUGUUUGUUAGUUAAUUACCACCAAAUUUUCUUGCUUGCAUUUCUAAAUAAUUAACAUUCAUGUAUGUAUCUGUCUUCUGUGUACUUGAUGUGGUAAUUAAUUUAGUUUAGGAAUAUUGCAUUUGCAUAUUAAUUAAUUAAUAUUAUGUGUACUUGAGUUGAGUUGAGUAGUGGUGUAUGAUGAGUGUAUCUCUCUCUCUCUCUACUCAAUUAGGCUUAACAUGCAUGUCUGGAUAUAUAUCAUGGACUAGAUAUGUCUGAGGUCGAUUUGUUUGUAUUACUAUUACUAUUAGAAUUGAGAAAUAGCCUUUUUUUUC